GCCAGGGAAUCGAACACAGUGAAGGCCAGCGUGGAGAGGCAGGAGGAGGCGGGUCCAUUUUUCCCUUAUUUUCUCCAUUUCCCUUGAGUGCCACGCCUCGCCAUAGCCCGGUCCCCAGGGCCACACAGCCGGGCCACUCAUGCCUGCCAGCCCCAACACUGUACGCUGCCAAGGCCAGACUCCAUCCAAGCUGGCCAGUAUCCAGGUGAUCCGGGCAGCCUCUGCCUCCAAUGACCAGCUGCUUCUUCACUGCUGGGCCUGGCCUGGGGGCCUUGUGAUGGAGGAAGGGCAACACAGGAAUGUCUACACAUGAGGAAGGCAGGAGCUUGCUCUCUUGUGACUGGCUGAGGGAGAAACACGUGUGAGGGAAGAUACACACUCGGCAAGAUACACACACACACACACACACACACACACACACACACACACACACACUUAAUAGACAUCACACAGAAUUUUUAGAUGGAUUUAUUAGGCAGAAAAUACUACCUAUCUUAGUCUAGUAAUGUAAUAAAAAAGGCUAAAAAAAGGUUUGCCCUAAUUUAAAAAAAAAUGGGAGUUUGAGAUCAAGAAAAAAGGCCCUUAAGAAAAGAAAGAAUAUCCAGAGAGAGAGAGAGGGAGAGAGGAAACAUUUUCGCCAUGAAGUAAUAAGAAAGGGCAGUUCGUGUGGCCAGUCAGGUAACGAAGCUACACACACACACACAGGUGAACAGAGACAGGUGUGUGCUGGGCCUGGGCGGGGGUGUGUGUGAGGGGGACGGAUGGUGAUGGAGAGCAUGUGCAUUGAUGAGGAAGGUGUUUGCUCCGAGAGACGAGUUAAGGACACGUCAAUAAGAGGGAAGUGACAGGCUGUGAGUGUGUGUGUGUAUCUGUCAGGACCACUGGGGCACACGCACACACACACACAUACAUACACACACACACACAUGAACACACAUACAUUAAGGGAUUCCAUGUAAUUGUAAGAAAGGAAAACGUACACAAAUUUAAACACACGCACACACACUCAAAGAACUACAGCAACACACACACACACACACACACACACACACACACACACACACACAGAUACACACACACAUUCAAAACACACAAACCAGAAAAAAAGAGUGAAAGCAGGAAAAGAAAGACUGAAUUGGAGCAACUGACAGACAAACUAAACCUAACCAAACCCUCAAAAAAUAAAAAAAAAUAAAAAAAACACAAAAAACUCCUUCAGCCAACCCCCCUAAAAAACAACAACAACAAAAUGGCGACCUACACCCCAGAAGACCUCAUUUCCCACGACCUCGCCUGCCCAAUCUGCUUCGAGGACUAUGACAUCCUCUGCCGUCAGCGCGCCCCCAAGCUGCUCCUCUGCCUGCACACCUUCUGCUUCGGGUGUGCGCAGAGGCUGUGGCAACCCAAUGGGACGCUGGAGUGCUCGCUCUGCCGCACCGUGCACUCUGGGGUAGCGCUGAAUGAGCUCUUCGAUAACCCCGUCAUUCUGGAGCACUUGAGAAAGGAGUGUGAGGAGCAGGAUAUGGAGCUAGCAAGAAGACUGGAUAUGGAAAUGAGGAAUCGGGAGAGCAGAAACCCAGAGCCCGUGCCAGAAGUCAUUGAUCUCACCAGCCCGAAGGCGGAACCGAAGAUCGAGGAAAGGCACAUCUUCAACAGCGUACCGCCCCCCCCGCCACUCAACGACAUGGUACAGCUUCAGUCGGAGGAGGACGACAGCGACGAGGAAGAGGAGGGCGAUGGGGAUGAAGAUGGCCUCCAGGAUAUGGCUGACGACGGACUUGCAAACGUAUUCGACUCAGAUGCGACAGUGGAGGAAGAGGAAGACGAGGAGGAGGAGGAGGAGGAGGAGGAACAGGAGAGUGGAAACGAAGGGCGAAUGAAUGACUUGCUGGAUCGGUGUAUUGGCGGCAUGCUGGACGCUGUGAAUAAUGUGGUGCAGACGGUGGACGGCAUGGUGGAGAGAAUAGACGAGGAGAUAGACGACGCGGUGGAGGAGAUAGAUGACGCGGAGGAGGCGAUAGAUGACUCAGUGGAGGAAAUAGAUGACUCGGCGGGUGAUAUUGACGAUGGGUUUGACGGCGUAGAUCGGAUAGACGAGAUCAUAGAGGGACAAGAGGAUGAGGACGACGAUGACGAUAGUUCUAGUUCAAGUUCUGACGAUGACGAUGAACAGGAGGAUGUGAUGGGGGAAAUGCGGGUCACAUUGUCCUGGAACCACCUGGAACCACCCCAUGUACAGAGCGAGGAGGAGGAGGAGGAAGAGGAGGAGGAGGAGAAUAACGGCGCAUGCCACGAGAAUGACGAUAACAAUGUGGAAGAGGAGGAGGAGGAGGAUAGGUGGUACUCGGCCAGUGAAUUAGUGAUGUCUCCGCAGUGGGUGGAUGAUGACUUCAGCAUGGAUGAUGAUGCCCCGGAUAGCCCAGACUUUGCGGAAGGCUGGCUGCUUCUUUAGUCCCUCCCCCUCAGCUCACGGAUGCAAUAUAUCACCCUAAGAACACCUGGAUCACGACAUUCACAGGUGAGGUGCGUGCCCUGCUAGAUGUCUGCAAGUGUCUAACCAUUGAGAAAGAAAAAUAGGAUCGUGAUACUUAAUCCUCACUCAUAGAUAGAAGCCCAGUCCAUUAGAUACUUUGUCCUCACUCAUAGAUAGAAGCCCAGUCCAUUACUUUGCAUCCAACAAGUACCGUAUUUUGUGGCGUACAGUGUGAUUGAUUAACCCUUAGUCCCUCCCUAUGACAGAUCGCAAUUCGGCUGAACAUCAACGGAGGUAGUUAGUCGUAAGGUGGGACUAACUUACGACAGGACUAGUCACUUAGACCACCGCUGGGACUAAUCUAUGACCACUUUUGAGCAUCCGACCCCGGUGUUGUAGGAAUAAGCCCGCAGUCGCAAAAUAGCUCACAGAGAGUGGUUCAAUUCGCUUACUUUUUCUAUAUUUCACUCACUGCUAUCGUUGACUUUUCCUGCGUCAGCGCCAAUACACGGCACAACCAUCAGAGCAACACUUUUUAAUCAAGAGAAAGCUUUAUAACAAACGAGUAGGGCAGAUUUGUGAAAGAAUUACCCCACGUUGAUGUUCACUCCGUUCCUGCUUGUUUGGGCUGGUGUGUUGUUGUCUUGCAGGGAAUAACAACUAUUACAAAGGUCACAAGUGGAUGAAUUACAACAAAAUAAGGCAAACUAAUAUGUUUUCCUGCUGCGUGUUCCCCAGUGUGCAUGCGUAGUGGACAGCAGAGCGACUUAUUAAACUGUACAUCAUCAGUCUUGCUUAACCGUACAUAUUUAUGAGCAUUUUAAGCACUGAAUAUUUUUUAUCCCGAAUUGUUCUUAAAGUUUAGGGUGCACGAUAUAUGCCGCAAAAUACGGUAAAUGGGCCAAGCAUCAUCUGGGAGGUUGAAAUGUCUCGUGUUAUUCAUAAGAGGAGGGUGUUUGCAAAUGUCCACUAUUGACGCAGAAAAAUAGGUUUGUGAUAGUCUGUCCUCACUCACAGAUAGAAGAAAGGCCCAGUCCGUUACUUUACAUCCAAGAAGAUAAAUGGGCCAAGUUUCGUCAGGUCUUUAUUCACAAAUCCGGGAAGUGUUGUGUUACGGAGAGAUGAAAUGACUGUGUUCAUGAGGGUUGUGACUUGAUAAACGUACAACCAAAUGGAAAAGCUAACGAGGGAGCCUGGGUUGACGUACAUGUGUGUUUGAUAGGGUUGUUAGUUUGAAGGAUGGCAUUCAGUAAAGGCCAGGAAUCAAUGCGCAAGACCAAAAAGUGAAUGUGUGUAAGUCAAAAAGUGGUGUGUGUGACUUCAGUUGACUUACUAUGUUGGGUGAUGUUUGAAGUUGAAAAUAAGGUUGUUAAGUAUCCUCUUGAACGAAUAACUAAAACCAGAUGGGAAAGUGUCUAUAAGUAAACUUGAAAAAAAAUAAAUGCGGAUGACUGAAAAGUGAAGUAUGUGAGUGUGUAACUUUGAAUUACUAUAUUGGGUACGGUUCUAAGUUGAAAAUAGGGUUGUUAAAUGCAGUUGUGAAUCGAUAACUGAGACCAAAUGGAAACGUGUCUAUAACUUGAAAUUUCUUUACUCAUGUGGCUGGUGUGGGCGUAAGUAAAUUGGUUGUUAAUCACGGCAGUUCUGGAGAAUAAAUACUUCUGCUGCUUAUGUUCAUGAUCCUUGUGCCACAGUAUUAGCGAGGGUUGUCCACUAGUGUUAAGCAAAGCAAAAAACAUUAACCCACGCAUUCAGGCCAGCAAGGGAAACUUUUUAAGCCUUUUAUGUCUGAAUGAAGCAAACAAAUGUAUACCUAAGACAGCCCUUGGCAAUGUUUUAAGACAAAGCAAAAUUUUUUUAUACAUGUACAGACAAGGAGAAAAUAACUAGCACAAAAAAAACACGUUAACUAAGAGGCUGUCUGUGUACGGUACAUAGCAAUAAUGAAAGGCAAAUACUCUGAAAAAACUGAGAAGCUGUUUGUGUACGGCAUAUACGAAAAACGAAAGGCGAAUCUCCGGUUAUACAAUGCACAGGAAGAUAGCAGUGACAGACGAUGAUUUACUGACAGACAUAGAAGGCAGCAAAGUGUAACAGAGUAGUGGAAUCCUAGUGUGUUGAACAAAAGGAAAUUCAAGCUAGUGGUAUAUCGCUGCAAGAACAAGACAAUAUCCGAUGUGUGUAAGAACUAUUGUGUUGUGGUGAUGUUAACUCUUGUGUGUGGAAAUUAAAACUAAUAUAUGUGGUGAUAUUUAGAAACUUUGUGAAAGGAAUAAUCUUUUCUAAGUAAGUGAGAUUGAAUAGAAAAUAAACUUGCAUGGGAGAAUUCCUUAACUUAAAAGACCUCGCGAAA